UCAAGCAUGGCGUUAUAAACAAGAUGGCGGACGAAUGGGACAGGUGCGCUCGUGUUUCAAACAACAAACCGAUAAUUUGCUAACAUGAAAACUAUGACGCUCAAACUGUGAUAUCAUUUUCAAAGGAUAAGUGGAAUCAAUACAAUUAGUUUCAUUUUGGAAUAUAUACAAGAGUGUAUUACGUUAAAAACACACAAUGGGUUCAGAUUUAUACUUCUUUGAGCAAUGUGAGACUAGAAAAGUGGCAAGAAGGUACAGAAAACUUCCAGAGGACUUACCUGAAAGUCUGAGGUUUGCUCACUUGAAUCCUAAAGUAGCCGCUCUUCUUGCUAGUAAAGAACGUGGUCAGAAAGUUGAUAGCGAAGAUCCAUUUGGAGAUGGGCUAGGCAAAAAAAGUCUUUUACCAGAUAUAAAUGCUGCUUUCACAAAUGUACGUAAUCAGUUUGACAGUGCAUUAUCAAAUGAUGAAGAUUCUCAAAGAUUCUUAUUUGAAGAAGCAAAACUUUCAGCCAGUGCUAUUUUACGUCAGCUGGCUCAGAUUAUUUACUUUUAUGAGGAUUUGAAUAAAUUAAUUCCAAAAAGUUUAGAAUAAAAUUUAAAUUUUCAGGUAUAAAAAUUUACCAGGAUAUUUUUGUCGUCCCCAAAGGGGGAACCAGGAAAUAAAAGGAACGUUUUUUGGGCGAGACAGCAGCAAGAGCUUAAUGUGAACAGUGAAGAAGACUUCUCAGAAACUGAAAUUAACGUUCUUACAGGACGGACAAAGUCACGUGUAGGCACUGAGAGGUCUGGAAGUGAAUUUGAGAAAAAAAUUAAUGUAAAGAAACAGAAAGGAAAACUUGGAACAAUUGAUCAAGGUGAUGAUACAGAAAGUAUAAUGCCAAAGUCAGAAUCUCGACAAGGUAAAAGGUCCGACAGUAGGAUGUCAAUUGGCUCACAAUUUCGACCACAACUUGAUACUAUAAAUUUGAGCAGAAUGGCAAAUCGACGAAAAGGGUCAAGUAUUGCAGGCUCUUAUCGAAGCAUUGGCGAAUCGCCUAUUAUGAGAAACCGACGGAGGGACGACGUUUUUUCGCAAUUAGGUGAAUCACAGUCUGAACCACGAUCAACUAUGGCAAACCCUUUGUCCUACAUGCAAACUAUUAACUUCCAGCUCUCAAACACUGCUUUUGAAGAUAAAGGAUGGAUAAUGCUUAAAGGCCGACAAGAAGAAGUGGAUCAAAGUCAGAUUUUAGAAUAUUGUGUUCAACGUCUACAAGAAUCUUUAAAAUCAAUGACUGCCCAAGCAACAAAGGAGGUAGAUCAAGGCUAUGACAAGCCUGUGAUUGUACGAUAUUACGGUGAUGCCAAGAAGGAAACCUUGCUCAAAUAUAGAAAAUCUCCUAAAAUGACUCCCAUUCAAGGCAAUAAACCAAAUAAACCAAAAAUACCUAGUAUUAUAGAUGAGAAAAAUGAAGGAAAGAAACUCAUGCAAACUUCACAUAUAGAUGGCAGCACUGUUAUAUAUUACCCCUCAGGGCGUCCAGCUGUGAUUUAUAGCGCCGCAGGAUUUGGCCGACCAGGAUUCUACACCAUCGUUUAUGAAGAUGGUAUUGACUCCCGUAUGUUGGCAUGUUUUACACCAAGUGGGCGUGGUGUCUGUUACUAUGACAAUGGUGUUGUCAGGUUUUUAUCAACAGAGAAAGGUGGUCAUUUAACUGAGAACAAUGGAAAACUUGUUAGAAAAUGGAAGUGGCCACAGGCAAAUGUAAAAAUCACAGAACCUAUAAGUUUUCAGGUUAAUAGUCACAUUAUAUUCCGCUGUGUUGGCCAAACCCAGAUGACUAUAGUGUUCAACUGCCAGCGUGAAACAUCACGGUUUAGCGUAGGACUCAUGCCAGAGGCAGACGAGUAUAAACCUAUUGAGGAAACAGGCAAAUUUUUGAACGCAAUUUUAGGGGCCAAUUUUCUAACAGCAUUCACUUUCUCCUCCAAAGCAGCCAAAGAUUUGAUGCGUAUUUUUGCACCUAGUAAAAAGAUGAAGAAAAGGGCAAGAAAGAAAAAAGAUAAAAAUGGUGGAGGUAAUAAUCAUGAUGUGAAAAAGGAAGUGUCUUUUGUGGAAAAACCUAUCAUCUCAAAUAAACAGGGGUUUUAUUCACAAAAACAAAAGAAUAUUGAUGGAAGAGUGUCUGGUAGUCCAGAUACAACUGUUCAUGAUACUGAAAGGGUUAAUAAUUUAAUGAGGUCUUGUUUAAGUCCCACCAAACAGAGGCAAUCAGUUAGCCCAAACCUUGUUCGAGAUCGAUCACCAUCACCAAAUAAACAUAAACAGAUAAUAGGUAAAACAUCACCUGAGGGAAGACCAUGCUCUACCUUAAAUAAUGAGAUGUUUGGUUACAGAAAGACAGAAACUGUUAGAGGAAAAUCAGCAACACCAGAACCAACCAAGCUGAAAAGCCUUGGAAGAGAAUAUUGCAUGAGGAAAAGGACACAGUCUGCAAGAAAUUUUUAUGCUAGAAUCAGUCAACUGGAAAGUAAAAGUAUUUUGCGAAAUAGAUGGGUAAAGAAGACUCCCGAGAAACAAAAAAUAUCUGAAGAAAGCAACUUAUAUAUCCAAACAGAGGCUUAUGCUGAUAGAUGGGAACAUAAGAAACUACUAGAUGAGGAGGCAAGAAAAUUAGAAAAAGAAAACUUUAGGAAAAUGGAAGAAGCUAAACGGAUGAAAGAACUCGCUGACCUGAAGAAAGAGGAAGAAAAGAAAAAAAGAAGGAAAAAAAAGCGGUUAAUGAUGGUAAAAAUAGGUACAUUUAGUGUGGAUAGUAAGCAGGACAAAACUAUGCGAUCAAGUGGAGAGUGUCAUUCUGCAAAAAGUAAAGUUGCAGAGAUAGCUGAUGAGGAGGUUGAAAACAAAAGGGCGCAUUCUGCAGCAUCUUAUAAGAUACAUUGUGAUAAUUCAUUCAAAUUUGAUGUAGGAAAAUCAGGGUAUGAUAAGGCAGCAAAAGUAGAAAUUGGUGAACCAUACAAAUCUGUUUUUGAACAAAGAGUUACACAAGGUACUAGUUGCAUUGAAAAUGAAACAGAAAAAGAUGAUGAAACAAGUUCGAAAGGCAAAUCUGAAUCUGGUGAAAUUUCCAAAAGAAAUGUCAAACCUGAUAAUACGCAAAAACAGAUAUGGACAAAUAAAAGUCCUGUUGAAUCGUCUAUAGCCAAUAUUCCAAAAGUAGUGCUAUUGUCUGCAGGUGGUACUCCAGAAAUAGUUUUAGAAGGUGUUGUGAAUAAUGCUGAAGGGAAUGAAGAAACUGAUACUAUAACCAGUGAGCUUCCUGAGAAAUCAGUACCAUUACGAAAAAGAGGUCUAUCUGUUUUUCAACCUCCAACUAUCAAGGAAGAACCUGGUGAAGUAGAGGAAGCAGAAGAUGCUAUAGAUGAUGAACCAGCAACAAGGCCUGAAAUGUUUAGAGAAAGGAAGAUGUCUAUGUUUUCUGGUACCACGGAGGUCAGUGAGGAUUUAGACAAUGCUGAUGAUACGACUGUUCUAAAAGGUCGUAGACUGUCAAAAGUUAUGCAAAGCAUAUUAGCCUUCAGGCUAAAUGUCCUGAAGAAAAAAAAGUUGGUUAUAAGUGAGCGUGAAGAAGAAUGUAGUGAAGAAGAGGACUGUGAUUUGCAAACAUCAAAGAGUCAGUCUUCAGAAAUACUCAAACUUCUGCAGGAUUUUCCAGACAAGGUUCACUAUGAGUUAGAAGCUGAUAAAGAACUUGCAAGACUUCAAAGAAAAGCAAAAAAUUUGGUUGACGAUUGGAUGGAACAUUAUAGAAUAGCAGUUGGGCUUAUUUCUAGCUCACUACAGACGGUAAAAGAUAAGCCCAACUAUAACAUAGGUAACCGCAAUAUAAAGUCAGCUCGACACUCGGACUAUCAGCUGGAGGUGAGGAGAGCCGUACUUGGGGUUGAAGAUCAUGUUCUACCUAGGAAGAAAAAUAGAAUACCAUCAGCUCCUUUAGAUGGUUUAGGAAACGAGUAUGUUGAUGAGGAUUUCCAGGCCGAGUUGAGUGCAAGGCAUGGAAACAAUGCUGUAUCGUUUGUGGAGAAGGCAGCGCCUGGGGCUGGGGAUGACACAAUGUCACCGGCUGGAGCAGCUCUUAUGAACAGACUUGCAGAAAAUGCUGGCAGACGGUCAGCCAGAUCUCGAGCAUCAACAGCUCGUAGCUCUUCUCCGCCCAGACAGCAAGCUCCGUCAGUCUCUGAGCGUGUACCAUCGGCCACUCCUCCAGUUGCACGCAGUCAUUGCCCUCUAGUUAUACGACAGCAGAUUCUUGGUUACGAGAAACCACAGUGUCGCUGUAGCCGGCAUCAUAUCCCGUUCAUACUUGACCUUGAACUUGAUGACUUUGUAAACACGGAAACUCCUGAAGGACAGCUAGUUGUGAUCAUGGUUGUGUCGUCAUUGUUUCCGGGUAUUACCAAAGCAGAGGAGAUGUUGAAUGAGAUUUAUAGCAAUCAAAACAGGAACCGUACUCGGCCCUGUGUACAGAGUAGAGGCGACAUGUUCCGUGUAUUCAAGUACGAUAUUAACUCUGCUGCUGAAAUGUCUGAUCAUACUCAACCACUUUUGAUGACUCGACAUAAUGUUGUUCCUGGAAUGAUCCUUAUAUACUGUGAUGGCCGACUUUACUUUUGUGAUCAUAUAUUUAAUGGUUAUGGUAAUACUAGAAAAGAUUUCAAGAAACAACUUAUGAAAUCCCGACAUGAUGCCAUACAUGGCAAUGCUCUACCCAAAGACUUUAGGUUCAGUCCAAGUAGAGGAAAGAGUGGUAUGAGGUCUGCCUGGGGCGGGGAGAUCGGUGGUGCCGGGGUAGAUAAGUACAGCAGUACCGGUACUGUGGUGGACAGUAGUCUACAGCCAAUACAUCGACCUAACUCCGACUCUUCCGAGGGCGACCUGAGUGCAGGUGGAGUUCACCUUGAUGCUGUCAAAGAGAAGGUGGAUCUAGGUCCUUUCCAUACAGAAAUACAAGUUCGACUUAGGCCACUUAUAAGCUACCGCAUGCCUAGUAAUAGCAGGUCAUCAAGCAGAAGGCCGUUUCUGCCUCAAAUCGAGAAUAAACAGGUUACAAGCAGCCCAAUACCUCAGCAUGAGUCUAUCAGCAACUGGAUUUCAGCCAGCUGUCCUAACCCCUCAACCGUCGGCAGUCACCAGUCACUUACAACCAGUUUAACACAGUCAUCAUAGUUAGGACACAGUUCAGCUGUCCUAAUCUCUCAACCAUCAUGUAUCACCUACAACCAGACUAUCACAAUCAUCAUAGUUAGGACAAGGGUUUGUUGUCCUCAACCAUCAUGGAUGCUACAACCAGUUUAUUACAGGACAUGGGUUAGCUGUCCUAAACCCUCAUCCAUCAUGGAUGCUACAACCAGUUUAUUACAGGACACAGGUCAGCUGUCCUAAACCCUCAACCAUCAUCUACAACCAGUUUAUUACAGGACACAGGUCAGCUGUCCUAAACCCUCAACCAUCAUCUACAACCAGUUUAUUACAGGACACAGGUCAGCUGUCCUAAACCCUCAACCAUCAUCUACAACCAGUUUAUUACAGGGCACAGGUCAGCUGUCCUAAACCCUCAUGGAUAAUUAACCUACAACCAGUUUAUUACAGGACACAGGUUAGCUGUCCUAAACCCUCAACCAUCCCCUACAACCAGUUUAUCUAUAUCAUCAUACUAUUCAUAGUGAGGACAGGGGCCCAUUACCGUCAUCCGUCACCUACAACCAGUUUAUCACAAUUAUCAUAAUUAGGACACAAGUCAUCACAGAUAUAACCCAGUCAUUGAUGAUUUCAGAACUUGAUUUACUACUGUCUCAUAUAUACUCAGGUUGUCUCAGCAUUUUUGGAGAUUCAGUAUUACAAGUAAACAUUACUUCUGUACUUUUCCACUAUGACCUAACAAGUGUCAUGAAAGUCUAUGAUGUAAGAAUUGUAAUAUAAAAGUAGUCAGCACUUGGCAUAUAAAUUUACGAUAUUUAAUUAAUUGGGUAAUUUAGUUGCACUGAUAGAAUACUUGUUUCUCAUGCCAUUUAUUCCCCAUCCACUGGUACAUUUCUAACCAUUUAUUUGGAGAUGUUGGCAGUUUUGUAUGUGGAGAAUCCAGAUAGUAUCAGUACAGAAAUGUAGGAAUACUUAUUCAGUACUUGCCUGCAUGCAAAAUGACUGGAAUAUUCAUAAUACAUCAGCGCCAAGUUGGAACAAAAAUGCAAAAAAUUUAUUUCAUUAUUGUAACGGCACUUUGGUAUAUAUCAAACUGCAAAUUAUAUAAAAAAUACUGCUAAAUGCUUCAAUUUGAAUACAAUUUGCAUUUUGAUUAUUUUUCAUACACAAUACUUAAGAUACAAAGGCUGAAAGGUUUAUGUUAUUACAGAAAAUUUGCAUACCAGUACUACUUCUAAAUGUGGCAAUUUUUGUCAACUAUCAAGUUAUUUGGGUGUAACGUCUUUCUUCUGCUUGAUCAUCUGUGCCUUCAUAUUAUAACUGCUGUUUAACAGUUGCUUAUAUAUACAUAUACAUGUAUAUCAUGAAUUAGAAUGUGAUAUUUAUUUAUAUCACUACUAAUGUCAAAUGAAAUUCAAUGCAAUAAGUAAAUUAUUGUACAGUAAUUCAUCCUAGUGUUUCAUUUUUUUAUAUAUAUACAUAUAUAUAGCAUUAUAUAUACAUUAUUAUAAAUAAAAUUGUAUUAUAUUUAUUCUAUGACUAAUCAGUAUUAACUGAACAUUUGCAGAUAUUAUAUUUUGUUGGAAUUCUCAAUCUGUAUUUUACAUGAUGCUGCCUUCAUAUUAUAUUAUAUGUUCUUCAAUAUUGCUAGGACUGUCAAUUUAUACUGUAUACUGUUGAAUUUAUUUAAUGGAUUUUUGUUUAAUGGAUUUUCCUAUAAUGAAUUUAUGUUUAAUGGAUUUCUGUUUACCAGUAAUGGAUUUAUGUUUAAAAGAUUUUCAUUUAAUGGAUUUUUCCCUACGUACUUUGCAUUUGGAACAGUCCAUUUUAAAGUUUUAAGCCCGAUUCUAUACUUGUUGCAAAGACCUAUGGGUUGGUUAAUUUGGAUUUUAUUUUCUUUUCAUUUAUUUAAUAAAGAAAAUGAUUAUAGAUAUUAUAAAAACAAACAGUUAAAAUAUAUGUAAUUUAAGGCCUGUUUUCUGAAAUAUUAUACAUAUUCAGUAAAUUAUUUUGGAUGAAAAUUGAUAUUCACUGUAUUAAAGCAGCUGUGGAGUAUUACAGUGUUUUUAUUGGUGUUUUUACAGUUCACUUCUUAAUAUAUUUUAAAAUACCUUCAACUGACAAUAGACAGUUCUAUAUGCAAGGUGAAACUUUCAAUAACAUUCAUUAUGGUAAAUUUCAUAAGAAAAUCAAAAUUUGAAAUACCUUAGAUGAAAAUUUGUUAAUUUCAAAUGCAAAUCAAAACUUGAAAUAUUUUCACUUGAAACUUUUUCAAUUUCAAAUGCCAAGGAAAACUUAAAAUACCUUCAACUGAUAAUAAACAGUUCUGUGAGGCCAUUACAAAACUGACAGAGGACAUUCAGCUUAAGUGAAACAUUUGACAGUCUUACAACAUGUUUCAUUUUGUAACGGUGUAGCCAUUUUGAAUUCUCAUUUCUUCCUCUAGUCACUCCAGACUUCUUCAUUUUUAUUCCUUUCUAGGAAUCAAUGUGUUUUGAUUCGACUUUUAUAAAAUACUUGUGUUGAUGGUUUGCAUACACACUCAUAUGCAGCAAAGAUUGUGUAACUCUGUUAUGCAUGCAUAUAAUUUGUGUAAAGGUGUGUGCAUAUUGUGUGUACAUGUAUAUAUGCUGAGCGUAUAUGUUGCUGCAUAUAUUGUGUAUUCAACUAUACAUAUAAUUUUUCUAUGUGAAAAUAUUACAUUUUAGUAUGUAUCAUAAUAAUUAUGUACUGUGUUAUUCAUGUUAUAAAUACUAUUUUUAGCACACAGGUAAAGGUAUAUAUUUAUUUGUGACAUUAUAGACAAAAAAUUAAAAUAGGCUAGUUAUAUAUUUUAAGAAGUAAAAUUUCAAAGAAAAAAGUUUUCUAAAUUUGACUGCAUGGUAACUUUCCAUAGCUUAUUGCCUUCCACUAAUUUAUGUGUACAAUAAAUAGCUCAAUUUGUAUCAUUAUAUAGAAUAUUAAAGUUAUCUUUUGUAUAGCAUGCUGAUUUGUUUCAACUUUGUAUAAUAUCUUUUUUUUUUCAAAAUUACAUGAUAACUAUUCAAUAAGAUUUCUAAUAAAUUUAAUUAUUAGGAAACACUAGAUUGCACUUUUUCAAAGCUAAAUCUGUGAUAAAUCAGGGCAUGAAUUUAGUCCCUAUUUUACAGAAUUGUAUUAUAUAAUCAUUGUAUUUUAUUUCAAAAUGUUAAGAAUUGUUUCAAACAGUUUUUUUAACAUUAUUUCAGAAUGUUGCCUAUCAUGGUUUGUUUUAACAGUAAUUUUAUUAAAGGCACAUUAUGUCUCGGAAACAAAUAAAUAUUUCAUUAUUUAGAAAGGGCAAACAUAAGUUUUAUAAAGUUUUAAGAACGUUUUUAGAGCAUGUUAGAUGAUUUUCACCUGAAGAAAGUAGCACUGAAUAUGAAAUUGUUUGUCAUAAAGGUAGCAAAAUGUAAACAAAGUAGUAUUUUGACUUCCAUACAAAAAUACUAAAUCACUAAAAUAGAACUACAAUGUAAUUCCAAAAAGAACUGGGCAAAAGAUGGUUCAUGUAAUUGAUCAAUGUGUAUUUUAAGGUAACCAUUCAAGGACAUAAAAAAAAUAUUAAAAAAAGCUUUUCAGAAAUAGAAAUAAAAGCAUUUCCUGGGCAUAAUGUGUCUUUUAGAUCAUACUUUCAGAAUGAAAAAAUAUACAUCCUGAAGUGAUUUUGAUUGUCUGUGAUUUCAUCUUACAGUGCUUUAAUGUUUCUUCAUUUUAAAUUAGAUUCAUAUAAAAUCGAUUGUUUAUAUUGUAUGCAAUUUUAGUAUACUUUAUUUUAUAAUUUUGUGUAAAUAAUUUCUUUAUUCCCUAGUGCCUUAUUAGCACAUACUGUUUGUAUAUUCUGCACAAGUUUAUGAUACAAUGAUUUGUUGACCAAUAAAAUAUUUAAGACAA